AUGUGUGACACACUUUAUGAGAACAUGGAUAAUGGUCAGUUGAGUGGUGUUGUUUUCCUUGAUAUUAGAAAAGCUUUUGAUUCUAUUGAUCAUACAAUCUUAUUGCAAAAGAUGAAUGAUCAAUUUGGAAUAAAAAAUGUGGAACUGCAUUGGUUUAAGUCCUAUCUAACUAAUAGAGAGCAAGCAUGCAUUGUCAACGGUGCAAUGUCAUCACCUAAAACGAUUGUGUGCAUGCGGAGUUCCGCAGGGAUCAAUUCUUGGUCCCUUGCUGUUUUUAUUAUAUAUUAAUGAUUUACCCGAAUGCCUCGAAAAAACUUCGCCACACCUAUACGCUGAUGAUACUCAAAUUUCUACUUCUGCCAAAACUAUUGAGGAACUUACUAAAAAUCUAAAUAUGACCUGAAAAAAGUCGGUGAGUGGCUUGCUCGAAAUAAACUGCAACACCACCCAACUAAGACCAAAUUAAUGUAUAUCGGUUCAAAGUAUAAUACUGAUACUAUGACUUAUGAUAUUCCAGUAAUGAUGAAUAACCAAUUCAUAACUCUUGCUCAUUAAUACACAUGCCUUGGGGUUAAACUUGAUGAAAACCUUAAUUGGCAUGAGCAUGUUGAAAUGAUUUGUAAGAAAGUUGGGGCCGGCAUAGGAGCAAUGCAACGAAUUAAGCCAUAUGUUCCUAUAAAUACCCUGCAUACCAUUUACAGAGCUUUGAUAGAACCAUAUUUUGAUUAUUGUAGUCCAUUAUGGGACGUCUGUAACCAGCAGCUGAAAGAUAAGCUUCAAAAGUUCCAAAACCGUGCAGCGAGAAUUAUAACCGGCGCCAGCUAUGAAAUAAGGUCUGCUGAUGUUCUUCGAUCCCUUGCUUGGGAAAAUUUAGAGAUAAGACAACGUACAACUAAAUCCACAUUAAUGUAUAAAGUCCUGAAUGAUUGCGCUGGGCCGAACUUGAAGGAAGCUCUAACGAGAAGGGACCUUGUUCAAACCAGUUAUAAUCUUCGCAAUACUUAUACUGACCUUACCCUUGCUAAGCCAAAACGAGAAUUUCUAAAAAAAGCUUUAAGUAUAGCGGAGCUAAAUUGUGGAAUAGUCUUCCUUCUGAUGCGAAGCUAGCGCAAUCAAUUUAUUCUUUUAAAAACUGCCUGAAAGAUUCACGCUAACAUCUUCUAAUAUAUUGUAUAUGCAUGCUUUAGAAAUAUGGGUCACACCGUUUGGAACUUAAUUCUUGUAUUGUAAAUAGUUGUAUAUAAUUCUUUAUUCUUUUUUAUACCAUAUUUGUAAUUUUUAAUAGUAACAGACGUCCCUCGUGAAAAUCAACAAAUCGUUGACGAGGCUAACGUCUUUAAAUAAAGUUUACAUACAAUACAUACAUGAGGACAAGUGUCAUGACUCCGAGGACAAGGUUCCUGACGCUGAGGACAAAGUUCGUGACGCGAGGACAAGGUUCCUGACGCUCAGGACAAGGUUCCUGACGGUGAGGACAAGGUACCUGACGCUGAGGACAAGGUUCUUCAAGGUGAAGACAAGGUUCCUGACGCGAGGACAAGGUACCUGACGCUGAGGAUAAGGUUCUUGACGCUGAGGACAAUGUUCCUAACGCUGAGGACAAGGAUCCUGACGCUGAGAACAAGGUUCCUGACACUGAUGACAAGGUUCCUGACGCUGAGGACAAGGUUCUUGACGCUGAGGACAAGGUUCCUGGCGCUGAGGACAAGGUUCCUGACGCUGAGGACAAGGUUCUUGCCGCUGAGGACAAGGUUUCUAACGCUGAGGAAAAGCAUGUUGACGCUGAGGACAAGGCUCCUGACGCUGAGGAGAAGGUUCCUGACGCUGAGGACAAGGUUCUUGACGCUGAGGACAAGGUUCCUGACGCUGAGGACAAGGUUCCAGACGCUGAGGACAAGGUUCCUGACGGUGAGGAAAAGGUUCUUGACGCUGAGGACAAGGUUCCUGACGCUGAGGACAAGGUUCCUGACGCUGAGGACAAGGUUCUUGACGCUGAGGACAAGGUUCCUGACGCUGAGGACAAGGUUCCACACGCUGAGGACAAGGUUCCUGACGCUGAGGACAAGGUUCCUGACGCUGAGGACAAGGUCCUUGACGCUGAGGACAAGGUUUCUAACGCUGAGGAAAAGGAUGUUGACGCUGAGGACAAGGCUCCUGACGCUGAGGAGAAGGUUCCUGACGCGAGGACAAGGUUCCAGACGUUGAGGAGAAGGUUCCUGACGCUGAGAACAAGGUUCUUGACGCUGAGGACAAGGUUCCUGACGCUGAGGACAAGGUUCCAGACGCUGAGGACAAGGUUCCUGACGCCGAGGACAAGGUUCCUGACGCUGAGGACAAGGUUCUUGACGCUUAGGACAAGGUUUCUAACGCUGAGGAAAAGGAUGUUGACGCUGAGGACAAGGCUCCUGACGCUGAGGAGAAGUUUCCUGACGCGAGGACAAGGUUCCAGAUGCUUAGGACAAGGUUCCUGACGCUGAGGUCAAGGUUCUUGACGAUGAGGACAAGGUUCCUCACGCUGAGGAGAAGGUUCCUGACGCUGAGGACAAGGCUCUUGACGCUGAGGACAAGGUUUCUAACGCUGAGGAAAAGGAUGUUGACGCUGAGGACAAGGUUCCUGACGCUGAGGACAAGGUUCCUGACGAUGAGGACAAGGUUUUUGACGCUGAGGACAAGGUUUCUAAUGAUUAGGACAAGGUUUCUGACGCUGAGGACAAGGUUCCUGACACUGAGGGCAAGGUUCCACACGCUGAGGACAAUGCUCCUGGCGCUAAGGACAAGGUUCUUGACGCUGAGGACAAGGUUUCUAACGCUGAGGAAAAAGAUGUUGACGCUGAGGACUAG